CCCGGCCGUCGCUCUCUGCCGACGUCACGAUUCAAUUUCUUUAUUUCGGUUGCCGGAAGAGCUACGCCACUUCGCUUCAUCAGAUCAGAGGAUCCAACUGCUGCUGCGGGUCAAACUUCGCGUGCUGGAUCAAUCGAACGUGAGUCACGGGGCGCAGGUCCCGUAACCAGGCUGCUGCUGCGAGGGCGGCGUUGACUGACGGGUUGACCCUGCAUGAUUUUUCUCCGGUCAACGCCAAUGCGCCUCACGCCAGAAUCCCUACGGCGUCUGUGUGAUAAACAUGCGGCGAUCGACACAAUCGACCCAACUGCAACUCAAGCGCACCAAAAGCUUCCUUCUUCCUUGGAAUUGGUGAGGUUUGAAGUGGGAAAAAAGAUCAUGGCCACUGGAACAGUUCCUUCAUCGAUGACCGGUGUGACUCGCAGCCUUGUCCUUGCGAAGAGUGUAGACUUCACAAGGAUUGGCUUUGCUCCUGAGCAACAAAGAAUGAAGACUCGGAGACGAAUCGUUUCUGUGAUAAAAAAUUCUUCAAAAUCUGGCUCUGACAUUGUGGAGCUGGAACCUGCCUCAGAAGGAAGUCCUCUCCUAGUUCCCAGGCGGAAGUAUUGUGAAUCCAUACACAAGACUGUCAGGAGAAAGACUCGGACCGUGAUGGUAGGGAAUGUGGCCCUUGGCAGCGAGCAUCCCAUUCGAGUUCAGACGAUGACCACUUCCGAUACCAAAGAUGUUGACAAGACCGUCGAGGAGGUAAUGAGAAUUGCAGAUAGAGGAGCUGAUUUAGUUCGAAUAACAGUUCAAGGGAGGAAAGAAUCGGAUUCUUGUUUUGAAAUUAAGAACAAACUCGUCCAAAACAAUUAUAAUAUUCCUCUUGUGGCGGACAUUCAUUUCGCACCUGCAAUUGCGAUGAGGGUAGCUGAAUGUUUCGACAAGAUUCGAGUCAAUCCUGGAAAUUUUGCUGAUAGGCGAGCACAGUUUGAGCAGUUAGAGUAUACUGAUGAUGAAUAUCAAAAAGAGCUUGAGCACAUCGAAAAGGUCUUCACUCCAUUGGUUGAGAAAUGCAAGCAAUAUGGACGAGCAAUCCGAAUUGGGACAAACCAUGGAAGUCUUUCUGAUCGUAUCAUGAGCUACUAUGGAGAUUCUCCAAGAGGAAUGGUUGAAUCGGCCUUUGAAUUUGCAAGGAUAUGCCGGAAGCUAGACUUCCACAAUUUUGUCUUCUCAAUGAAAGCGAGUAACCCAGUUAUCAUGGUUCAAGCCUAUCGGUUGCUUGUUGCUGAGAUGUAUGCUCAAGGUUGGGACUAUCCUCUCCACUUAGGAGUUACUGAAGCUGGAGAGGGAGAAGAUGGAAGGAUGAAAUCCGCAAUCGGUAUUGGCACACUUCUUCAGGAUGGUUUGGGCGAUACAAUCAGGGUGUCUUUGACAGAACCACCGGAGAAAGAGAUUGAUCCUUGUAAGCGGUUGGCUAACCUUGGAAUGCAAGCUUCAAAUCUUCAGAAAGGAACUGCACCUUUUGAGGAGAAACAUAGAAGGUAUUUUGACUUCCAGCGAAGAACAGGUCAACUUCCAGUGCAGAUAGAGGGUGAAGAAGUGGAUUACCGUGGAGUUCUUCAUCGUGAUGGUUCUGUUCUUAUGCCAGUGUCCUUGGACCUGCUCAAGACUCCGGAGCUUCUUUACAAGUCUCUUGCUGCAAAGCUUGUGGUUGGAAUGCCUUUCAAGGACCUGGCAACUGUGGACUCUAUUCUUUUGAGAGAACUUCCUCCUCUAGAUGAUGCUGAAGCUAGGUUGGCUCUCAAAAGGUUGAUCGAUAUAAGCAUGGGUGUCAUAGUUCCGUUAUCCGAGCAGCUGGAGAAACCACUUCCUAAUGCAAUUGUCCUUGUAAACCUUGACGAACUUUCAACUGGUGCUCACAAGCUUUUGCCAAGAGAUACUCGGUUAGCUGUAACUAUUCGCGGGGAUGAACCAUAUGAGGAGCUAGAUAUCAUCAAGAAUGUUGAUAAUAUCACAAUGUUACUACAUGAUGUUCCAUUGAGCGAAGAGAAGCUCAGCCGAGUUCAUGCAGCAAGGAGGUUGUUUGAGUAUCUAGAAGAAAGUUCACUUAACUUCCCUGUUAUCCACCAUAUCCAAUUUCCUAAAGGGAUCCACGGAGACGAUCUGGUGAUCACGGCUGGGAGCAAUGCUGGUUCUCUUUUAGUUGAUGGGCUUGGAGAUGGUAUCCUACUUGAGGCUCCUGAGCAGGAGUUCGAGUUCCUAAGGAAUACAUCCUUUAACUUGCUUCAAGGCUGCAGAAUGCGCAACACAAAGACUGAGUACGUCUCUUGCCCAUCUUGUGGACGGACACUCUUUGAUCUUCAAGAUAUAAGCGCCGAGAUCAGGACAAAGACUUCACAUCUUCCUGGUGUUUCGAUUGCGAUCAUGGGUUGCAUUGUGAAUGGACCAGGAGAGAUGGCUGAUGCAGAUUUUGGUUAUGUUGGUGGUGCUCCAGGGAAGAUCGAUCUUUAUGUUGGGAAGACUGUGCUGAAGAGAGGCAUCGCAAUGGAGGGAGCAACUGAUGCUCUAAUCCAGCUCAUAAAGGACCACGGCCGCUGGGUUGAUCCACCGACCGAAGAGUAGAUUUGGUACUCUGCGACCACAUGAUUAGGGAAUUAUUUUUUCCUGUUCUUUUUCUGAAAACCAAAUAAUUGAUCAACAUAAUUUACUUGUUAGGAAAUAAAUUCUUGUAUUAUGAAUGAAGUAGAAAGGUUAGUGUUCAUGUGUGUACAAUGACCAUGGGUCAAUGGAAAAGGUUUUCCCUGCUCA